GUACGAUACCAAAUGGCCAUGACGAGUUUGGUGCCACGAACCUCUAUACCUAUAUCAAGGUCAUGUACGCCCACUGUGGAAUGUCACGGUCGGCUUUCCUCGAGACCUAGGACCCUCCUCUUGUCAAUUGUCGAGUUUUUAUUGCGCUUCUCUUCGUCACAGUCGCUCAAUUCUCAACAUGAGGUCUGCAUGCUUUCUCGCCAUUGCGGCUCUUGCUGCUCCAGCUGUGGGCGGCGCUGCUCCACCACCACCGCCUCCCCCGCCUGGAUACUCUGCGAGCCCUCCCCCCCCUCCAGGUCCUCCUAAACCACCGGGUCCUCCAACGCCGCCUGGUCCUCCCAAGCCACCGGGUGACGGGCCUAAAGAGCUUGUGUCACCUAAGGCUCUUGCGGAUUUGAUUACGCUAGAAGACCUUCUUGCAGGGUCUCAGAAGCUCCAAGACUUUGCCGAUGCCAAUGGUGGAAAUCGCGCGUUUGGAUCUGCGGGUCACAACGAGACCACCGAAUGGCUCUACCAGACUUUGAAGGAAACCGGCUACUACGACGUCUACAAGCAGCCCUUCAUCGAGCUUUUUACUGCCGCAACCGUCGGAUUCUCAGCCGGCGGCGAGGACUACCCCUCCGAGUACUUCACCUACGGCCCAUCUGCAACGGACCUUACAGCUCCAAUUGUUGUCGUCGACAACCUGGGCUGUGAUGCUACCGACUAUCCCGAGACAGUCUCUGGAAAUAUCGCGCUCAUUUCUCGCGGUAUUUGCCCAUUCGGACAGAAGGCUGCCAACGCGAAGACAGCCGGUGCUGCAGGUGCCAUCAUUUAUAACAACGCCGACGGUCUUAUCGGAGGUGGAACCCUCGGCGGCGUUGGUGACUACGCUCCUCUUGUCGGCGUCAGCGGAGAAACCGGCGCUAUCUUGAAGGAGAGCGUCGCAGCGGGCGAGGUCAUUGCCAUCCUCAAUGUCGACACCAUCGAGGAGAACCGUACCUCUUAUAACGUUAUUGCUGAGACCAAGGAGGGCGACCACAACAACGUCGUCAUGGCUGGAGGCCACACCGAUUCCGUGUUCGCUGGAGCUGGAAUCAAUGAUGAUGGAUCUGGCACUAUCGGCUCCUUGAUCGUUGCUCUUGCUCUUGCUAAGUUCAAGGUCAAGAAUGCCGUUCGUUUUGGUUUCUGGUCUGCUGAAGAAUUCGGAAAACUUGGAUCCAACUACUAUCUCAAGACGCUCAAUGGUACCAUCGGUGAGGGCUCGGCUGAGGAAGCCCACAAAGUGCGUGCUUAUCUCAAUUUCGACAUGAUUGCCAGUCCAAACUAUGUCCUGGGAAUUUAUGACGGUGAUGGCUCAGCGUUCAACUUCUCUGGCCCCACUGGCUCCGAGACUAUCGAGAAGGAUUUCCAGGAGUUCUAUACUUCCAAGGGCAAGGCAUUCGUUCCCUCCAUCUUCUCUGGACGAUCUGAUUACGCCGCCUUCCUCGAGAACGGCAUUCCAUCAGGUGGCCUCUUCACCGGCGCCGAAGAGUUGAAGACCGAGGAGGAAGCCGAGCUCUUUGGCGGCGAGGCUGGCGUUGCUCUCGAUGUAAACUACCACCAGGAGGGUGACACCAUCGAGAACCUCAACACCGAAGCUUACUUGCUCAACUCCCAGAGCAUCGCUAACUCGGUUGCCAAAUACGCCCUCAGCUUCGAUGGUAUCCCUGCCGCCGAUCCCGCAUUGCGCAAGCGCGGCGCCGACAAGUACCGUUUCCAGAAGCGAUUCGAUGACGAGAGCAAGGCUCAUAACCACGCAGCGCCUUGCGGACACGCGCUUGCUGAGAUCUAG